GAACCAAUACUAUGUAAAGAAGUGAAAUUAUCAUUUUGCUUUACUGUUCAAAUACAAUUAGGCAGAAAAUGGGAUUGUUAAGAAAAUUUAUUCUAUUCAUUCAUCUCCUAUUCAUCAUGAAUGCAAAUGCAGAUGUGAUAGAACCUCAUGACAUGGUGAUAAUUAUAUUAAGUCAAAAGGAAGGCUAUCAUGCAGCCCAUGCUGAUUAUCUGCGAAAAGGCAUCUAUGAACAAGCUAGUGCUCUUGACAAAGAACCACCAACGGUCUUAGUGUCUUCUGAACUGGAUGUCAAAGGUUCCUGGACUAUAACUCCAUUAUUGACUCAUUUAUCAAAUACAUAUUCAAAUGCAAAAUGGUUUUUCUUUUGUUUGGAAAAUACUGUGAUUCGAUUAGAGAAACUGUUGAAUGUUUUGGAAAAAUUUAGUGCAUCUCAGGAUGUAUGGAUUGGACACGCACUUUAUGAUCAUAAACCCACUAUUAUUCAUCAUUUUGCAGAACACACUAAGAAGUUUAAAUAUCCACAUUUUGCAUCUGGAUUUGCCAUGACAUUGAAGCUGUUAAAAGAUUUAUCUCAACAAAUCUCUGAGGGCAAUGAUUCAAAGGCAGAUUUUGCCAUCGAUGCGUCGUAUGAAUUUGCGAGCUUUGUUUUGAAGAGCGCAAACAUAAGAUUGAUGCAUAUAUCUAAAUUAUGCAUUGUAUCUGGUUCUGAUUGUGCCACAUAUCCCAGAUUCUUUCAUCCUUGCAGUUCUUCCAUAUCUCCAGAAAAUGUGUAUUUUGCUGUUAAGACUUGCGCUAAAUAUCAUCUAGAGAGAAUCCCAGCGAUUAAAAAUUCAUGGGCAAAGCACGCGGUGAACAUCGGAUAUUUCAGCGACGUAGCAGACAAAAAUUUGCGGGAGGCAUACGUCGUCUCAAAUACUACCAAGGGGCAUUGCGCCAAAACUUACGCCAUCUUGCAGAAAGCCAGUAGUAUAUUAGAAAGAAAUAAUUUUCAUUGGCUUGUCAUCAGUGACGACGACACUAUAUUCAGUGUGGUGCGUUUAUUACGCCUGCUCACGUGCUACAAUCCUAAGCACCCGGUCGUGAUUGGCGAACGUUAUGGUUUUCGCAUGUGGGACAGUCAUCAUGGAUAUCAGUACUUGACUGGUGGUGCGGGAAUCGCACUAUCAGCUCCCUUGGUUCACCAAAUGAUAGAACCGGGAGUGUGCGAUUGUCCAUCCGCGACCACUCCCGACGACAUGUAUCUGUUCGGGAUUUGUUUGCUGCGACUCGGGGUGGAACCUGUACAUUCUUCGAUGUUCCAUCAGGCGCGACCUGCGGAUUACGCUACCGCUUAUUUGGCAUCUCAGGAGCCUAUAUCAUUCCACAAAUUUUGGAUGGUUGAACCUGAAGCUGUAUACGAUGAAUGGUUCGCGGAGGCUGACAGUGCUUUACCAAAACCGCCAAAACAUACAGAAUUGUAAUGUAAAGAAUGUUUGUAGAAACAUUAGUAAAAUUUUUUUAUUUUUA